GAGAUUAGUGUCAGUGUUCUACGUUUUUGAUACUGUAGUAUUGUGUUUUUUGAAACCAGGAAACUUGUCAUCCGAAAAAACUUCUUGGUCACGCUCUUUGGUUCAAGUUAGAUUUGGCUCCAACUGAAUCAUGUGUGUACUAAUGUUUGUACUGAAUCUAAGUCGUUGGGAUCAAAAGAUGCUAGCUUUGGAUGUCUAGAUGACAGUGCAGCGAUUGUUUUAAAGCAACCAAAGAGAUCUGAGGCAACCCCUUUCUCCUCUGGUUUUUUUCAGAUUCGGACUGGGCUGGGUUCUUUUUAUCCACGGCAACAUCCCUAACCAUGCCUGUCAAAUGGGUUUUGCAUUGGCAACCAAACCAAGGUUCAACAGUGAGCAGCCAGAUCCUAAACGAAGCUUCACAGUGCGUUGAGAGCAUCAAUGGUGUCAAAGAAGGGAGAUGGAAAGCUACUCUCAACUACUACAAACCCAUUUUGAAGGACCAGGCGAAUCAAUCCGAGUUCCCUCGUGAUUUCCUUGGGAUCUCGCUCGCGGAUGAGCCGGACAAGUACUACUUCAUCAUCAGGUCGCAGAGGAUUGUGGUUGAGGCUGAUACUAACAUUCAAUCGAUCAUGGAGAAGCUUCAGUCUUACAAAUCCAAAGUUGCGCUUUACUUUGAAGGGUUUCAGUAUCAGCUUGGUGAUUUUCGUUUGAGGGUUGGGAAAGUUGUUCCUACUCAUUCUGAGAAUGUUAGAGGAAUCGUCAUGGAGGUGGAUUAUCUUCCUAUAUCAUCAAUCAAAACGGCAAACAAACUGAUGGAGGAGUUCAUGGAGAUAUGGCAUGAAGCUCUGGCUAAAAGGUCAUUGCCGGGAAAGUUUGUGAACAUCGAUAUCAACUUUGAGGAGUAUGGACUUGGAGACAUCUACACUCCACAACACACUGCUGUUCGCUAUGCUCUCGUGAUGGCUCACAUGAUUGCUACUGUUCAAGCUGUGAGAGGCUAAACAACACAGCUUUCGUAUCUUCUUCAUUCAUGCAUGUAUAUAUAACCUUUUAUGGAAUUUUCGUCGUAAUUAUGAAUUGUCAUAAUCUGUCAAUUUUGCCCAAUCUCGUUAUUUCCAUUACGGUCGUAGCAUGGGGAAAUUUAACAUUUAGUUA